AUGAUCAGAGCUAGCUAGCUAGAGCUAGAUGCUAGAGUGAGUGUCUGCAGGCAUGAGCUGGAGGAGCACGCAGUCCAGUAUUAGUAGAUAUGGUGGCUAGUCUGCAGAGGGAGCUGGACAAUGCUAGGGGUACUUCGGUGAUAGAUUUGCUGAAUCAGCGAUUAUCAGCGGGCACUCGACUGAGACAACGUGAAGUGUUGCAUAUCUUCUCUCUGACGUUGCUAAGGCCGUUGCUAGGCUACACCAUCGGACAAAACCCACCAUACAUCGUGACCUCAAGAUGAGGUCAUUAUAAGGCUCUGCCCUUUGCCUCUAAGCGAGAGUUGAAGGACAAGAACCUCACCUUCGAGUGGAGCAAGAGAAGUCCUGAAAUUGAUGAGGUUGAACACAAAUUGGAAUUCAAGGCCUCAUCAAAGGAUCACUUCAAGGGCUUUAUCAGUUGUGAGAUCUCCAAGAACCAGAAGCCUUUCUUCACCGUGUACCACUGCCUCAAAGAGAGUGUUGAGGACACCUCCAGCUCUGAAACUGAUGAGCUGUUUGCAGAUGUGAAGGAAGUGAUCAAAGAGAUACGCUCUGACUGGUACAGCCUGGCUAUAGAACUGGACAUUGACUAUGCAACUAGGAAGAGUCUUGAGAAGGACUAUCGCUGGGUUGAGCCGUGCUUUGAGGCCAUGCUGACACACUGGGUGAAGUGCUCCUCUCCUCCCCCCUCCUGGUCUGCCCUUGUUAGAGCACUAGAGUCUCCCGCCAUUGCUCGUGGGGACAUUGCAACAACCAUUAAGACAAAAGCUACCAGCGACAUCUCUCCUGAUAUUUGUCCUCUCACUCACGAUGAGGGACUGAGUGUGGAUCAUCAUUUGAGGGUAGUGAGGACAGCUGCCUGGGAGGUGAGGGGGACAUGGCGUCCUCUGGGAGAGCAGUUGGGUGUCAAUGAGGGGACACUAGAUGCCAUCAAGAGAGACUAUCAGAACGAGUCUGGUGUGUGUUUCACUAAACUACUGGAGCAAUGGUUGACAGGAUCCACCCCCGCCCCCACACUAGAAGCACUCAUCCAUGCACUCAAGUCUCCUGUCAUUAGUCGUGGAGACAUUGCCCAACAGAUGGAGUCUAAACUAACCAAGCUAGCUUCACAGUAACACCUCCACUGACUCCAUAUCAUGAUAGUGACUCGUACAUCUUUUAUUGAUCAGAAACAACUAAUUAAUUUUUAUGCUUUGUUUUGCUGGUUCCCACUCUUGCUAAGAUUUUUGCAUAAUAAUAAUAAUCCAGUCCAUCA